GUCAGCAGGGAGCAGAGGCACCACGAACACCUCUCGCUCGCUUACUCUAGUGUAUCGCGAGAGAUCACGGCGCUGUUCAGAAUCAGGCGCGAACGGUUGUUUACUCUGUGUUAAUUCCCACUGUUCAAAAUCACCAGCCAAAGAAAUCCCCCAAAAAACAAAAUGGAGUUGAUCAUUCUCUUUAUCUCGCUCACCUCAUUCGCCGCAGCCAUGAGAGGAAACGCUAUUGGAGGCGCAGACGAUAGUAGACCCGUCGACUGCAAUGCCGAGAGGGACGUGGGCCCUUGUUCUAGCCAGGAGGAGGCCUGGUAUUACAACGCGGAGGCGGAUCAGUGCCACUUCUUCGUGUACUCGGGCUGCGGCGGCAACACUAACAGGUUCCCCAGUAGGACAGCGUGCGAGGAGUCGUGCCAGAAGCUCCGGUGCCCUCAGCUCGACUGCCCCCACAGCUGCACACGAGGCAAGACGAAGACGGGAUGUGCCACCUGCAGCUGCACUGCCGAGGAAGCCACUAAAGUGUGCGGGCAGAUGGAGCAGCGCGGGUAUUGCCGGGCGCUGCACCUCCGAUGGGUUUGGGAAGCCGAGAAGAGGAUCUGCUCCCUCUUCGUCUACGGCGGCUGCGGCGGCAACGAAAACAACUUCGAGACCGAGGAGAUGUGCCUCGAAGUGUGCUCGAAGACGUAAGGCCAAACUUCAGGAAAGCGGGAGGAAGGAAGAACGAGUCUGCAGAUGUGUCAGUAUUUCUUCAAAGGAAUGUUGUUCUCAGUGUGUGUGCAGUAUACUGGACAGUGUCCUGUGUUAGGGUCAUGUCGUCAUCUUCAGUAGUCCAGGUUUAGCUGUGUUCUGCCACGGGUCAGAUUGGUUUAAUCACAACGUAUUUUUUUUUUCUAAAAUCCACACAAGUUGCCAGUUUUCUCUUUCUGUGCAUGUCACAUAUUGUAUUUCACUCAUAAAACACCCUGAAAAUCACCCUGAAACAACGGUAUUAUGCAUAGUCUUACUAUCAUUACGAUAUGGUACAAAAUGUCACUGUUUAUUUCUUCAUAAGAAGCGAUUCUGAAGGUCUAACUGGUGAUGAAUGAAAUCUUUUAAUAUGGCGAAUUGCGCUUUUGCUAAAAUAGGGAGAGAAAUUUAUCUUACCUUGGUUUUAAAUAUAUUCCAUGUUACCACCUAUGUUACCAUUUACAUAUGUUUUUUUUUCUUUCGUCUCAAUGGAUCUCCUCGCUGAAUGGUGAAAAAAAAUACAUAAAACAUAUAUAUUUUUUUUGUUUAAGUUGCAAAAGCCAUCGGCGGGGAAAACGGUGUUCCUUUUAUGUUACCAUGUAUGCUGAGGGUUGUGCAAGUCAUCGAGUCUUAGGUUAGUCCUGCAAGUGUGUAAGAUGUUUUGCAUGAAGGAAGUAUGUGUUUUCACGUACACGAAUAGGUGCGUUUGUAUGUAGAUUGUAAAAAAAAGAAAAAAAAAAGAAACAUCAAAUAGUACGGUUUCAUAUCUUCAUAAUGACGUAAUCCCCCCCCCCCUUACCCUACCAAUCCACAUAACAACCCCGCCUCCACCGCCCCACCCUAGAUAGACCCCCCCCCCUCGCCCCCUCCACAUCCGCCUCGAUCCCCCCCCCCCCACCUACCCACAGCCUUCUUCUCUCGUAUCCCAAUUUUUUUUUUUUUCUUUUUAUACACGAGAAGAAUAUUUCGGCCUUGUUUUCGUUGUUAUUUCUCCUGUUGCUUCUUUUAUCUUGUUACCAUUUUAGAUUAAGAAAUACUUAUAUCGUAUAUAUAAACAUGUAUAUAUAUACACACAGUGUAUACACACACACACACACACACACACACACACACACACACACACACACACACACACA